GGUUAACUGUGAAAUUUGCUGAGCAAGCUGUGGCUCUUGGCGGGAUGUUGCCAUACUUAGAAUUCCAGUCUGAUCGGGUCUCUUUGGGCAGGCUUUGUUUGGGUUAAUCCUGCUGGAACGUGCAGCCUAGGUGGUGUCGGACUCAAACGGCGGGUAUUAAACAGCCGCUCCCCUCACAGUCAGGACGGGGAUGCGUGGAAGCUGCAGGUGCAAAGACGGGAGCCAUGGCAUCGUUCAAGAAGUCCUUUGAGAGCCUGAAAGGGUCGAGUCACUCAGCGGCAAAAGGAAUCACAGAAACCACAGUGCAAGCAGCUCAAGAUGCUGUGCAGCAGGUGGCAGAAUCCUCAAAAGAAACAGUUAACACAGCUGCGCAAGAUGUCAGCAGGCAGAGCCAGGCUGCCAUCGGUAAAGCUGCGGACAAAGCCAGCGACACCAUCAGGGUCUUUGGACAACAAAUGGAAAGCCGAAAGGAAUGAGCAGCUCUGACUGAAAUGUUUUGUCUCAGCAUCCAAAAAAAAAGAAUUGCGCUUUUGUUAAACAAACUGCAAAAAAGAUAUAUAAAUAUAUCAAACCUAAAUGCUGUGAAUGUACCCACACAGCAACCAUUCCAGUAGAAAAGUUACAUAAGUAUAUUCUCUUUGCUCUAAAUCUGCAUUUGUGUUACUUGCUUUUUGGCAGGUUUCUUCACAUGUGGUUAUUUUUGGGAAAUAAAUAAAAAAAUACCUCCAAUUUCUCUCUCAGGUUCAUCAAAUGUGUUACUCUGCCACAUACAGCAGAGAUAACACUGAGUAACUGUAGAAGCCCAGUAUCUGUGACACAUCCCAUAUUUGCAAAGUGAAGAGCACUCAUCAACUUAACACGGUCGUUAUUACAAACACAUUGCUGAGGAGAUGACCUUUGGCGGGCCGAUGGUUCCUGCUAAAAGUGUGAUGUGAGCCGUCUGCCCUGGUUCUCUACAGCCCACCUCCCUCACUGACAAGAUGCGGUUGCUAGGCAACAGCUCUUAUUGGUAGCUUAGGAUUGGUCGAGGCCUUUGCAUUGGAUGGCGAAUCUGUUUCUGGCAGUACACAGUGUUCUGGUCAGGUUAAGCACACCAGUAAAAACCAAUACCAGUGAAGAUUUUCCAAAACCAAAGAAGUAUAAACAUCUUGCAUUUCCCACAGCGGUUUUUAUCAAAAAUCACAGAAGGGAACGUGUGUCAGAAAGCAAAGAGGAUGGGUGGAGGAAGGAGCGUGAAACCUUUCGCUUCACAAGUGCCUGCUUGUGUGGGAGGCGCCGCUCUGCUUUCUCCAGGCUCCUUUAGGGUGAACUGCUCUGUUGUCUGUCAAGUACAGUGGCAGCAGAACAUUCACCGUGUCUAAAAUUUCUCUUAUGCCCCCUCCCAAAGUCAGAAAGAGCCUUUCCUGGACUUAACCUGCAGUUGUGUGCUCUUAUUUUCCUGCUUGUUAAAUUUGUCAAACUGAGAAAACAAGCCAGCAUUUUCUUUUUAUUAUUUUCAACCACCCCCUCAUUGGCACAUUUUCCCACCCUUCAAAAACUCUUGUAGUGAUCACUUGUAAUGACGUAAAAGCAUUUAUCACCUACUUUAGUUUUAUUUGAUAAUUUCUAUAGGAAAACCUUCUCAGUCGAUGGCAGCUUUAUCUGUCUGCUAUUGUGCUGCUAUAUGACAACCUGAAGCUAAUUACUAUGAUUUCCUUAUGAUUAGAGAGCUGUACAGAGAUUUUGUCAUUGCAUUACCACUCACUGCCAGAACCCAGCCGUGGUUUCCAAGGAAACUGGAAAUGUGGAGCUUUUCGCCAGACACAGGCAGAGUCUAAAGAGCGAGGAUUGCCUAAGAUAGAUUCUUCUAGAGCCGAACCUGUAGCCAGUGCAAUCAGAAUCAAUCAAACACGUGAGGACAGAUGUCGAUCUUGGUUGGUGCGGAGAUCUGAAAUGUUUGAGGUGAACCUGAAGAAGAGUUGUGGAGAGGCUUCAGUCUGACUUUGGCUGCUGAAGCAGGUUAUUCUUCCACAUUAAUGCAGACAAAAUGGGAAGUCUAAAGAACGAGACGAAAGGUUUGAUGGAGGAACAUCAGCUUUGUGAGAAGACAGAUGAUGGAGAAAGGCAGGUAAACUCAAAGCAAAACUCUGCAGGAGAUGGACGUUCGUGUCAAGAAGACAAUCAGCCAGAACUUUUUCAGAAUACCAACUCUGAAGAGGACACAGUGAAAAAUGCAAUUUCCAAAGAAGUGCUUUCUGAAGAAAAAGGUGAUAAAGAUGAAAUGCCCUGGGCACAGCAGCCUGCAGCAGAUGAAGCAACAGCAACAAAAAACAAUAUAACAAUAUCUAAAAUCCGCCCCAGUGACGGAGAAGCGCAGGACACAGACGCAGUUUUUGAAUGCGAAAGUGAUGCAGCCACUGACAGCAUCUCUCUUCCGGUGCCACUGACUCCAGACCCUUCUGACCCCCGCUCACCAGCCCCCUUCGGGCAAAACCACAUUCGCACUCAAGUGAGCUUGGAGGUGGUGCAGUGCCGCUCAGCAGCCACCAGCCCCAUGACUCCUCCCCAGGGUGAAAGCUCCUUUUUCUUUCCAAGUACUUUUGGGAAAUCUGAUGCUGGUGGUGACACCACGGACACUGGCCUGCAGGUGGGUCAGCAGGUGGAGUUUUGCUCUGUUGCCACCUCCCCUAUGACCCCAAAAACACCAUAUGCCACAGCUUUCCCGGCACUGGUUGGAAAAGAAACUGUACAGAUGAAGGAAAAGGAGAAAAACGGACAGGAACAGAGUAACAAUAGCCAACAAGUGGUUUCGAUUGUAACAAGUCAAGAGGAAGUGGAGUCACAGAAAACAAAUGCUGUCAAGAUGGUCGCUAAAGAAUCCGACCCCGUUUCAAGUGGAUCUCCAGGGAACGCCAGCACCUUUCUGACGGCUGGGUCACGUGAUUCAAAAGGGACUGUGGAGAACAGCAAUCAGCAGAACAAGCAACAGAGGAUGGGAAGCAUGGAUCAAGAUAUUACAAUUUUGGUGACACAUCAUGGUAAUAAUGAAGACGAGGAUGAAGAACAGGCUGAUUCAUAUGUAGUUGAAUCAGAGACGAUUAAGGUAGAUGAAUGUGAGGAAGGUCGAGCGAACAAAAAUGACGAAAAAAGCACAGAUGAAAAGACACAUGACACAUCAGACCCCGAGCAAAAGCAAAAACAGGCUAAAGAAGAAGGAAAACCAUGUAUGAGAGCUGAAAGUUUGGAGGUGACUGAAAGAAAAGAUGCAUGUGAAGAGACGGCAGAUGCUUCUCCAAUCAAAUCUCCAAUUCCUGAAUCUCCAGCUCCAUUCGGCUGCCACAACAUCCGCACGCAAGUGAGCCUGGAGGUGGUGCAGUGUCAGUCUGCAGCGACCAGCCCCAUGACCCCUCCAGAGGGAGACCAAGCCUUUUGCUUCCCAAGUACUUUUGGGAAAUUUGCAGCUGUAUGCACAGAAACUAAAGACGCUGAGCUGCAGGUGGGCCAAGAAGUGGAAUUCCGCUCUGUUGCUACGGCACCCAUGACCCCAAGAACCCCUAUUGCUACAACUUUUCCUGAUAUCAAGAGAGGGGUCAGCAUUGAGGAGAAAAUAACUGAGGAGGAAGAGAAAAAGGAGCCAGUAACUGAGGAUGAAAAAGAAGAACAAGUUAAUAAAGAUGAAAAGGCAGAGGACAAAGAGGAAACAAUAAACUGUAAUAAUACAGACGACGAGAAGUGUGAGGAACCAGUGCAGGAGGUGAGCUGGGAUGAAAAAGGGAUGACGUGGGAGGUGUACGGAGCCGUGGUGGAGGUGGCCGUGCUGGGCUCUGCCAUCCAGAAACACCUGGAGAAACAGGUGAAGAAGCAAAAGAGGCAGACCUCUUUGCCACCCCCACCUCCGCUCAACCCCUCAGCCACACCCCUCACUACAGAGUUAGUGCAGGGGGGUUCAGGAAAGGGCUGUGGCGGUAAAAGGAGGGAGGACAGGAAAGUGAACCGACGCCGAAGAAACCCUUUCCGCCAGCUGAUGGAGAACAUGCAGCAGCCGCACUGUUGCUCCAGAGCUCACACCACGGAGUGAGGAGAAUCUUCAUGAAACAUCUGGCAGCAGAAAAUGAACUGGAAACUCAAACUCGGCGUGGCAUUGAGUCACUUCAGCCUGACGUGAUGGGGGAGAGGUGAGAAACAAGUCCUCACAGAAGAUAAAUAAGCACAAAAGCUUGAAAAGCUUGUUCUUUGAAGCAUUACCAUAGAGAAACAGCCAUACUAUUGUGUUUUUUUCCCACUUUUCUCAAGAAAUUACUUUUUAAUCACUUCACAUUGAGUGAAUGGACUCCAGGCUGUGACCUGAACAUGUUACAUCAGCCUCAGCUUUAAUGUAUUUCUCCAUUCAGCUGUCCACUGAGUCAUUUGGCUGUUGGUGCUUUUUUAUGCACCUAAGACUACAUGAGACCAUGGCAACCAGCCCUCCUGUUUUCUCACAAGCUCAAUACAGACAUGAGGAGCAUUUCCACUUGAGACUGUGUGGUUUGUUGCUAAAUGUUAAUUUGAUGUGUGUGUAAAAGUAGGCUCUGCCAUUAGUGUUGGCUUUUUGUACAUUUGAUAUGCUGCUUUGAUUGGUUACAUAGUGAAAAAUGUGUAGUAAUGUUGGGACAGCGCGCACAAUUAUCUUUUUUUUAAGUGUGUUAUUAGUUUUGGCUCUUAACUGUAUUUCUGGUGCUGCUAAUGAUGCUCAGUUGUUACUUGUGUGAUGGAAAUUGCUUAUAAUUUUAAGAUGUUCACAGAUUUAUCGUCCACAUUCGAAGAGAAACUGAUUUUAUUCACAGAUUGCACUCGUGAUACAUUCACUCGGUUGUGAGUAAACAGUAAAGCCAUCUUUUUCCAUCUGCUGCUGGCAGAAAGACACUGAACAAAGUCUCGUUUCAGCAGCAGGAGCUCAGAACUGAGAGCAAACACUGGUAAAUGAACUAAGAUUUUCACAAACAAUGAUUCAUCUUGCAUACUCAAAUCAAACAAUCUUGUAUUUUUUUUUUCAUUUUUUGGUUAUUUUAUUAGUGUCUGCAAAUGAUUAAUGGGAUAACAAAGCCUAUUUACAGAUUAUUUCAAAGAAAACCAAACAGCUUUACGCAAUUGCUUAAAUAAAGUGAUUCUUUUGCUUGACGUAAUUGCUUGUGUUCAAAUGUUAGCAAUAGAACUUUUUGAGAAAAAUAAAAUGUUAAUCUUUAUCUAAAUCCCUGAGUUUGACAACAAAU